UUUCUCUCUCGCACGGCUGCGCGCGCAGGCAGCCGAAAAAAAGGUUUCGCUAAUCUAACCUUACCUCUCGCUUCAACUUAUCGCGGUUUAGCCGAUAUGACAUUUGUGCACUCGAAACAUGUGAUAAUUGAACAUCCUAUGUCCGCUAGACUCGAAAAUAAUGAGCUUUGUAAUUCAUCAGUAUCACAGGAACCAGAACUUUCCCUCCUUCAAUCGACCGGAAGUUGUAGGUUACUUCAGCUUAAACGGCCAGGAGCGCGAAUAUUCGCAAGACUUGUCGCAGCUCAAAUAUUACACUCGUAAUCCGCACAGUAAACAAGAGGUCGAUUUUGAUCUGAAUGAGGGACUAGACCAAGUUAUUAGAAAACCGGCUAAUCUAGAUGAGAAGUUAGAUCACAUACUGAGAUGGAUUGUCAACAAUUACAGAACAAUCAGAGCUAGUCCAGAGUUGAACAGAUGGUUGAGGCCUGAAUUUGUAUGCUUCAGAGGGUUGCUGACUAAAAUUGUCUGCACACCCUUUGAAAACAGAGAUGGCUGGAUCAUAUGUGCAAUGAAAUUUCAUGGGACCAUUUACCUGUUUGCAUUUGACACUGAGGAACAAAAGUGCAAGAAUGCAAAUCUCACAAAGAAAGAUCUUCAGUUCAUGUCGUGGGGUUUCAAAUUUGAGCAAUAUGUACUCUCAGACUCGCCAGGUAGCUCUCCAAAAACAGAUGAGCCUGUAAACGAGGCUGAGGAGUUUUGUUGUCUGUUCUCCACAAAGUUAGGACAUAAAACAUUGCUCUAUGGAGCAGAAAUGGAUGGGGUUUGUUCCAGAGAUGUUGUGAGAGAGCCAGUUAACUGGAAAUAUUUGAAGUUUGUGGAGUUAAAGACUAAUAGGGUUAUUAAAAAUAGUUAUCAAGAGCAAAACUACCGCAGAAAACUUUUGAAAUGGUGGUGCCAGAGUUUUCUUGUUGGAAUUGAUGAAGUUAUAUAUGGUACAAGAACAGAUCAAGGCAAAGUGUUUGAAUUGGACAAUGUCAAAGUAACUGAGAUGCCAAAAAUUGCUAGGGCUUUUUGGAAUGCAUCAGAGUGUAUGAACUUUUGCAACGAUUUUCUGAAUCAUGUUAGAACUGUUGUUACCAGGGAGUACAAAGAAUGUGUUUACAAAUUUGAAUACAAAUUAGGUGAAACUAUUGAAAUGCAAGUGUUGCCUAGCACAUCAGAAUUCUCAUUUUUGCCUGAUUGGUACAUCGAUCAGGCAAAUCGAAUUAUUCAGACAAGUCAAUUAAAUAUUGGAGUGCAAUAAUAAACUUGAAAGGCUUUUUCCUAGUACUUGAUUCAUCGCUGCCAUUUCUUGUUGGGACAUAGGUUUCAGCAUGAGCCCUGGAACUGGCGGAUUAUGCUCCAUAUCUCGUAAUUCAUUCACUUUUACUUUUAAGUCACUUCUUAUUUUAUUAAUCUCAAUAUCACAUUGUUUUUGAUCUGAAAAAUAUUUUUAUACAAUUUUUUAAAAUCUGUAUUAUGUUUAAGUAAUACAAGAUAAAGAUUGUUUUCAUAA